GAUCUUCUUUCGCUUCUUCUGUUGUGUGAGUAUAAACGAAGCAAAAUUCAGCAAACCACAGGUUUUAUCAGAAAAGUGAAGAAUAAAUUGCACUUAAAAGCAUAAAUUCGGUAACCAUUUUUGCUACAUUCUAUGUCCAGACGGAUGAUACAAAAAAUUGUCUACUACCUAUUUACAUCAAAUAACUCUUCCUAUUGGUAGUAUUAAUAUAAGGAUCUAGAAAAGAAGCACUUUUUGUGAUGGCAGAUAUCGUGUAUCCUCCCGGUUGCCGGCCUAUCAACGAAGAUCUUGGACCGGAUGAGCUGAUUCGGCGUCUUAAAACGCUCACACAUACGCUACAAGCCAUGGGCCAGGAUGAAGGCAUGUACACUCAGUAUAUUCCGUUGGCAGUUCAUAUGGCAGAUGAUUAUUUUCUGCAGCAUUCAUCGAAAGAUGUUCAAUUGCUGAUCGCCUGUUGCAUCGCAGACGUAUUACGCGUGUACGCCCCUGAAGCACCGUAUAAAGACCAGGAUCAAAUCAAAGGAAUAUUUCUUUUCCUAAUCAAGCAAUUGAAUGGUCUAAAAGAUCCCAAAGAUCCGGCCUUCAAGCGUUACUUUUACCUACUGGAAAAUCUUGCUUACGUAAAGUCAUUUAAUAUGUGUUUCGAACUGGAGGACUGCCAGGAGAUCUUCUGCACGUUGUUUAGUUUGAUGUUCAAAAUUGUCAAUGACGAGCAUAGCAGCAAAGUCAAAUCAUUCAUGUUGGACGUCCUCUGUCCUCUUAUCACCGAAUCAGAUUCUGUGUCCUUCGAUCUGUUGGAUUUGAUUUUUAUCAACAUAGUCGAACCACUGCGGACACAAAGGAAAAAUGCUUAUCAUCUGGCAAAAGAUCUGAUUAUAAAGACGAGUGACACCUUAGAAUCAUACACCCAGGCGUUUUUCAACCAAAUCCUAAUUCUCGAUAAAUGUGAAAAACAGUAUCAGAUUAUGUCAAAAAUUUAUGACGUAAUUUAUGAAUUGAAUGUCAUAAGUCCCAGCAUACUCCUCUCAGUGCUUCCCCAGCUGGAAUGUAAACUCAAGUCAGCACAAGAAACCGAACGUCUAAAAGCCGUUUCAUUGCUAGCGAGAAUGUUUUCGGAAAAGGACUCCACACUGGCUAAACAAUACGGUCCACUAUGGAGACAGUUUCUCGGCCGAUUCUACGACAUUGCUGUUCCGAUCAGAAUCAAAUGUGUGCAAAGUACAAUGCAUUUCUUGCUGAACCAUCCAAAUCUCAGAAAGGACAUAAUUGAUAUAUUGAAGGUACGCCAACAUGAUUCCGAUGAAACAGUUCGUUAUGAGGUGGUCAUGGCAAUAGUCGAAACUGCCAAACGAGACUUUCAAAUUGUGUCCGAGUCUGAAGACCUUCUUGAGUUUGUAAAGGAGCGCACAUUGGACAAAAAAUACAAAAUCCGCAAAGAAGCGAUGAAUGGGCUUGCAAUGAUCUAUAAGAAAUAUCUCAGCGACAGUAAUGUACCAGAAGCGACAAAGAAAGCAGUAAAUUGGAUCAAGGAUAAAAUACUACACGGUUACUAUAUGACUGGCAUUGAAGACAGAUUACUCGUAGAACGUCUUUUGAUCACUUGUUUGGUCCCGUAUCAACUACCGGCAGAAGAUCGGAUGAAGAAAUUGUACCAGCUAUUGGGAACAAUAGAUGAAAAUGCAACCAAAGCAUUCAUUGAGUUACAGAAAAAUCAACUGAAGGUGAGGCGAAGUGUGGCCGAGUGGAUCAAACUGCAUCGAAUCAAAGAUAUUACUGCCAACAUACAGAAGGAUAUGAAUGCAAAAUGUGCCAAUAUCGCCAAACAACUUCCUGAACCAGUUAAAGCUGGAGAAUUUUUGUUGAAAUUUAGCACUCAGAUGCGGAAAGACCCUAAACUGAUCUCUGAAAUGGAAACUAUUUUGAAACGAGAUGUAACCUGCAAGGAAUGUGCAGAUACAAUGGCUGUCGUCCUAAAGAAACUAGGACAACCCAUUAUGACGAACACGUAUUACAAUACGGUAAAAAUGCUACUGGAACGCAUUGCCUCUGUAAUGGUUGACAAACAGUCCAUUGGGAUAUUAAUUGAACUCAUACAAGAGUGUAUGAAUGGCUCAGAAGUUGUCGAUGAGGUCAGUCUACCUUCAGAAUCGGCUGGAGAGCGUGGUCUAAAACUCCUAACAGUGUUGGCAUACGUAUUCUCCGCCCACUUCCAGCACGAGGAAAUUCUUCGUCAUAUGAUCGGUUUGUUGAACUUCGACGAAGAAUACGUCGCUCCAUAUGUACUGAAAGCAUUCACUUAUCUUGGACGGUACAAACCACUUGUUGAGUCUCAUGUUGAAAUAUUGAAGGAGCUUGGCCCGAUAUGCAAGGAAUUUGCGGUGGCUGGCUCACCUAAACAAGCUAAGCAUGCAAUUCGAUGCAUGUUUGUAAACACUCAGUCAAAUGAUCCGAACAUCGAUCUCAGUGUUGACAUUUUCCCAGAAAUCGUAGAAUCGUUCAAGCUAACUUUGAAUCCGGAAAACGAACAUUAUCGUACAGCGAUUGUCAGUCUUGGUCACAUUGCUUACAAUUUGCCAGACAAAUUUCACGUACAAGUUAAAAACAUUAUCUCGCGGAAAAUUGUCAAAGAACUAUUGGUGAAAGAAACCUCCAAUAGCAGAUCUGACGUGCCUACCACUGAUUGGUGUGACGAGGAUAUGCUACCAGAAGAAACUCGUUGCAAAGUGGAAGGAUUAAAAACAAUGGCGCGCUGGUUACUUGGCCUUAAGAAGGAUGUAUUGUCUGCCCAGAAAACCUUCCGAAUGUUGAAUGCAUUUAUUAGUAAGAAAGGAGAUCUCCUUGAACAAGGGACUCUGUCGUCGGCUGAAAAAUCCUGGUUGCGGUUGAGUGCGGGUAAAGCAAUGCUCAAAAUUUGCGAGCAAAAGGGUGUUGGAGAUCAAUAUAUAGUAGAACAGUUUUAUAAUCUUUCACAACUCAUGUGCGAUCCAGUUACUGAAGUACGCGAUAUCUUUGUCAGAAAAUUGCACAAAGGAUUAAACAAAGGCAUUCCUCAUAAAUGUCUGCCGUUGGAUUUUAUGGGCUAUUACGUAUUAGCAGGACGAGAAACUGACAGAAAACUUCAGCAGCAAGUGAAAUCUAAUAUUGAAACGGACGUUAAUCGCCGCAGGGAGUACGUUAAAACUUUUGCAACUGGUAAUGACAUUUUUAGGUAUAAAUAUGUGAAUAUUUUGUUGUUGAAUAAUGCUUUCUAUUUUUCAGUCGAACGAGCAAUGAGUCAGCUUCCCCAUAUUCUACCUGACUAUAUGUUGGUGUUCGCCGUUCCAGUAUUAACACAUGAUCCUCGUUUUACUCGGCAUACUGACCCUGCUCAACUAAGGCAAAUCGAACGUUGUUUGUGGCUUAUUCUGGAACCUCUAGUAACAAAUAAAGAGUUCUUUUGUUUCGGAUUUUACAAGACUCUAAUUGAACGGAUAAAAAACCAUAAGGAUGCAUUGAAACCAGAUGAUGCGGAAACCAAUAACAAAAUGUGGGCUGUAUGUGACAUAGCUCUUGGGUUGAUUCUUACCAAAGUGAACACGUAUGAGGGGCGAGAAUUUCUAGUAGAUGCACGCAUUCCUUCUAUGUACUUUCAAGUUCAAUCAGAGGAUUUCCACAACACUAGGCUUUACAUACCAGAGGACAUGUAUAAUCUUACUGGAUCGAACUCGGCUACUGCGAAGAAAAGUCUGGCAAUUCUGAGCGAACGCAAAAAAGGAUCGAGUUCAAAAUGUACCUCCAAUCACGAUGGAGACCAUGAUGAUACUGAUAACUAUACAGAUAUGGGAAACAAUGAACCCCCAACUAAAAAGAUACAUAGUUGUAGAAACGAUAAUGAUUAAUCGUAUAUCGAAUCUACUUGUAGCAACAAAUUAGAUAUUCGAUUAUAGGAUUACAUACAGAUUAAAGUUCAAAAGUGUGUUGAACAAUUAUGUUAGCAUGUAUAACAUAUACAAUCUAUUUUCGAGUUCUCAAUUUCAGGCUUAAUAUUAGGAAUGUAAAAAUGUGACAGUUUAUUUUUGUAAAGUUAAUUAAUUUAUAAAUUUUCAUCUGCAUGAUGACAGGUUUGACAUUUUCUUAUUUUUUGACUAUGGAAGCAUAAGACAUUUCGUAAAACUUUUUUUCUGCAGACGAUAAGGAAUAUUAUUUAUAGAUACUAUUAUCAAUCAUUACUGUAUGGAUUAAACAACAGCUCAAAAUAA